GAACAUUACGUCACCAUAUCCUCACUGACAGAACAGUCCACUGAAGAACUAACGGGAGUAGGCUACGGGACUUACUGAGUUUUGUGUGGGUGUUGUGAAUGAUAUUUAGGAUUGCAACGGUGAAUCAUAUCCAGACGACUGGAAGGGAAAAAACAUCCUAUAGGUUGUGGGGACUUUGGAGAUCAGUUUCUGGAUUUGGAGUUAAAUGUUUAGGCCUGGGUGACUUGCUACAGUUCUUUUGUCAGGAGUAGGUGAGAUAGCAGCACCAUUUCAUGUGUAAGGAGUGGGUUAAUAUCUAAGGUACAGAUUUGUAUGUGUUGGAUAGUUUAGUUGGAGAUUUCUGGGGACGGGAUUAGUCAAUACAGGUGGAUGCUGGAGACUGGUUAGUGUAGCUUCAGGUGUGAGGGGCACACACUCGGAGAAAUGAGCACAGGAAAGCCCAGCGGUCUCAAACCCCCCUCCAAGAUCAGCAGGCCGGGGCCCCCUGCCAAGACUUCACCCUCCUCUGUGGGUUCUAAGGCGGUGCCCCCUUCCAGCAGUGGCUCACCUGCCCCCCAGGACUCCCCGACAGUCGGUGACUUCCACGUUGGUGAGCGUGUUUGGGUGAACGGUAACAAGGCUGGCUAUGUGCAUUUUGUCGGAGGAACCCAGUUCGCGCCCGGCCAGUGGGCGGGCAUCGUUCUGGAUGAGCCCAUCGGUAAGAACGAUGGCUCUGUGGCGGGCGUACGCUACUUCCAGUGUGAGGAUCAGCGCGGAAUCUUCACCCGCCCCUCCAAGCUGUCCCGCACACAAGUGGCAGAGCCAGAUGCCAACGGUGCCCCGGCGACACCCAAGCAGGCUGUCCCUGCUGCCAGUGCCCCUGCUGCCACUGCUGCCACACCUGCCACCCCUAUCACACCUGCCUCCGGGGUUAAGGCUGGCUUGAAAGCAAGCGAGUCAGUCUCCAAUCUGUCUGAGACAGACUCCACCAAGGCUAAACGAGUACUGAAGUUGGGGGACAGAGUCCUGGUGGGUGGAACUAAGGCGGGUGUGGUGCGUUUCCUGGGUGAGACGGAAUUUGCUAAGGGUGACUGGUGUGGUGUGGAGCUGGACGAACCGCUGGGGAAGAAUGAUGGUGCUGUAGCUGGUAGCAGGUACUUUCAGUGCCAGCCCCGGUACGGGCUGUUUGCUCCCACGCACAAGGUGACGCGUAUUGGCUUCCCCUGCACCAGCCUGUCCAAGAGCAUGAGCAGGAGGGCGGGGCUCCGGCGCAGCCCCAGUGGCUCCUCAGCCAGCUCCCUUAGCUCCCUCGCCUCCUCCACCGGGGGCAAGCCCAGCAGAGCGGGCCUGCUGACAGAGACAUCGGCGCGGUAUGCGCGUAAGAUUUCUGGCACAACGGCGUUGCAGGAGGCCCUGAAGGAGAAGCAGCAGCACAUCGAGCAGCUGCUGGCCGAGCGUGACCUCGAGAGGAACGAGGUCGCCAAGGCGACGAGCCACGCUGGGGAGGUGCAGCAGGAGUUGGCGCUCCUCAUGCAGGGCCAGAAACAGUAUGCGGUUGAGAUGGAGGCUAAGCUGGACCAGCUGAGGAGGAUGGUGGAGACUGCAGAUCGGGAUAAAGUAGAGCUCCUCAAUCAGCUGGAGGAGGAGAAGAGGAGAGUUGAAGACCUUCAGUUCCGUGUAGAAGAAGCUUGCAUUACCAAAGGUGACCUUGAGACGCAGACCAAACUGGAGCAUGCCCACAUAAAGGAACUCGAACAGAGCCUGCUCUUUGAAAAGACCAAAGCUGACAAACUCCAGAGAGAGUUAGAAGACACUAGGCUGGCCACCGUGUCGGAGCGCUCGCGCAUUAUGGAGCUGCAGCAGGAAGUGACCGACCUGCAGCAGAGGCUGGCAGCCGCACAAGCCGCCGGGGGACCGGACUCCCCACCAGCUCAGGACAAAAAGGUGAAGGAGCUGUCGUGCGAGCUGGAGGGGAAACAGAAGGAGGUGACGUCCCUCCAGCAGAGGCUCAGCUCCGCGGAGCACGAGAGGACCACCCUGCAGGAGCAGCUCAGCAGCCUGAGAGAAAAACUUGAUGAAACAUCCCUAGAACACCAGAAGAGUGCCAAGAGUAUGCAAGAGUUGGAGCAGAGCCUGACUGAGGAGCGGGAGCGGCGGGAUGGAGAGGAGGAGGCGCGGAGAGAGGAGCACCAGCAGGAGGUGAAGCAGCUGCUGGAGAGAGCUCAGGCUGCAGAGGAGCAGCUGCAGGUGUACAAGGCCCAGGAGACAGAGUCAGCGAAGAGCCUUUCUCAGGCCCUGGAGACCAUGACCCAGGAGAAGAAGGAGAUGCAGCAACAGCUGGAGGCUCUGAAACAGAAGAACUGUGAGUACCAGCAGGAGCUCAGCCUCUCACAGGAGAAGCUCAGUGUGGAGAGCCAUCGCAUCGGCAGCCUGAGCCGAGAGAUUGAGGAGCUGAAGCUUGCGACCAAUCAAAAGAGCCAGCGUCUGGCGGCGCUCCAGGAUGAGAACGGGAAGCUGGCCCACGAGCUUGACCUGAGCCGGCUCGAGGGCCACGCCCACAAGAAGAUUGAAGAUAAGCUCUCCAACAACCAGCUGGAGAUCUCUGAGAGGGACAACUCCAAUGCUUUGAUGACGGACAAGGACAGAGAGUUACAGACGCUUAGAAAUGAGAUUGCCCUCCUGCGCGGUGAGCGUGCCGUGGUGGAGACGCUGCGCACGGCCGUAGAGACCCUGGAGAAGGACAAGGCCCAGCUGCAGAACCGUGUCCGCAGCCUGGAGCAGCGGCUCACUGGAGAGCCAACAGCAGCGGGCGACAAAACACCCUCAGGUGAUGCUGCCCUUGACCAGCUACGGGAGGAGAAAGAGUUUGCUGAGGGACAGAUAAACUUCCUGAACUCGGUCAUUGUAGACCUCCAGCGAAAGAAUGAGGAUCUUAAAGGGAAGCUGAAGAAGAUGGCCUUGGCUGAGUUCAAUGGGAAUGAUGAAGACGAUGGCUUAAGAGAAAGGAAGUCCAAGAAGAAGGCGCCUCCUCGGGUGUUCUGCGACAUCUGUGACUGUUUCGACCAGCACGACACAGAAGACUGCCCUACCCAAGCCCAAUCACCUGACACACCACCCCACACCACCUACCAUGGCCGGCGCUCGGCUGAGAGACCCUACUGCGACAUCUGUGAGGCGUUCGGACACGCCACAGACUCCUGCAAUGACGACCAAACUUUCUAGAGACAAACAUUCCAUCCAGAUCUUCUAGAGUACACCAUUCCUGCCUGGGAACAGGCACUGCACAUUCCGUUUUCCCUCUGAUCCUUUCAUAUUUAUCAGUGUACGUUCUUUGUACGUAUGUGUGUGUGCGUCCUCGUCAUUAUUUCCUUACUAAAAUACCCCCGGUCAGAGAUUAACCCUGUAAUCUUUCCUAGGUUGAAAAUGCACAGGAAGCUAUGCUGCUUGUCUGAAAGGAAUUGAUAUAAUGUUUGUGUGUGUCCUGUACUGUAAUUCAGUACUGUAUGUUACUAUGACUUCCUACAGUGGAAUCUGACACAUGACAGCACCUGUACUCCAUGAAACAGCCACAGAAAAAAAACUAGAAUCACAGAGCCAGAUGUUUAUACACAUGUUUAUACACGUUUGUUACAAGUCCGGGGACAGCCAUGACUAAACUUGGUCUAAAUGAGGAUGAGAACGAUUUGCAUGAUCAGUGAAUUUAAAUCAUUCUAAACCAAUCCAAUGCCUUGUGACGGAGCAGAUCGAACAAAGUUGAUUCAAACAGAAUACAGUCAAUGCAUGCCUUGCUUUUGUCAAAUCUUGGGUGUGUUUUAAAAGCAAAGUCAGCCUUAUCGCUCCUGGCAUUCAGCAUAAAGUUAUAUUUUACAAGCAAAGCUCAGGAGGAGAGCAGCAUGAUGAAUGAUAGACUUCACUCCACUGCCAUUUAAAGAGAUUUCUAUCACUCCUGUCUCCCAGUCAUAUUACAUGCACAGGUAAACUCAUGAAAACCAAAAUACAAAUGUGUUGUCUCCAGAUGUGCACUCUUGGCACAACGUGCCAAAGUGAGACUUGGCCCCGCGAGACUACAUGAAAACUGACAUCUUUCAAAGAACAAAUCAGGCUGUAACUAAAUAGGUUCCAUAGUGUCAGACUAGGCCACACCAGCCAAUAAAAAAACGUAUUGCACUGCUCACUUUAAUCCCUUAUGCAUUCAAGCACUCCCUUUUAACGGUCAUUCUACAAAACUAUUUAAGUUAUACUUUUUAUAUGAAAUGUAAAAAAUACUUGUUAUAUCAUGUUAUGUGUUAUGUUAUCUCUGCAAGACACCAGUUAUUGAAGCACAAAUUUGGAUCAUAUUGUAUCUGUCAAUAGUACGGGAAAGCUGUAAAUUUGAUAUGGUUAACAAAUGAGAUUUGUUCAAUUUCAAAGCUGUAGUAUGUGAUUUCUUCUUUGUUUCAUCCAUGCAUACUGAUACAUAUUAUGCUAGUUUAACUAUCUUGAAAACAUUUACAGCAUUUUAGAGUUGAGUCUUAAAGGACUCAUCCGAAUCACUUUGUUUUUCACACUUUAGCACAAAUACAUGUGCAUUCCAAAAGAGAGAUUUUAAAAGGGAUUUUUUGUUGUUGUCAAUGUUACAUUGCUAUAAACGUCACCAGAAAUCACAUACUGCAACUUUUUAAAACAGCUGCAUUUUUUGAAGGAAAUUGCACAUAGGGUGCCAUAGCAUCGAAAUUAUUUAAAAUAUAUUUUGAGACUUAUUCUGUUUGUAUGAAGGUAAUAUUUGACAGCACUCGUUUUAGCAGCAUUUAUUCACAACGCUUUGUGGACUUUCUACAUAAAAUUGUGAUGGUCUUUAAGUAGUGCACUGUUUUAUGUACUGUUAACUUGUACUAAUUCAAUAUAUGUAAUAUAU